AUGGUGACCAAGUUCUACCAGCACAUUCUAGCCAUGGCGUUCGCUAUCAGUGAAAUCAAUAAGAACCCAAAGAUCUUGCCCAAUGUCACUCUUGGAUCUCGUGUUUAUGACAGUUACUACGAUGUGAGGUUGACUUAUUGCAGCACUCUGAGCCUUCUCUUCAAAUCACAGAGGGUGGUCUUCAACUACAUAUGUGACAGCCAGAAAAACCUCAUAGCUGUCAUUGGAGGACUUGAUUCUGAGACUUCCUACCACAUGGCGGAUAUCCUAGGUCUUUACAAGACUCCACAGAUGGUGCCCCUCUCUCUAUGCAAUGACCCAUGCCAGCCUGGUUAUUUAAAGAAAAAGAAAGAAGGGAAGAAAUUUUGCUGCUACUAUUGUGAUCAAUGCCCAGAAGGGAAGAUUUCGGACAAGGAGGACAUGGCUGAUUGUUUCAAAUGCCCAGAAGAUCAAUACCCAAGCAAGGACCAUGAUCAAUGUAUUGCAAAGAAGAUCAGCUUUCUCUCAUAUCAAGAUCCCUUGGGAAUCACUUUGGCUUCAAUGGCUGUGUCUUCAUCCCUGAUCACUGCUUUGGUGUUAGGAAUUUUUGUUAAGAACAGUGAUACCCCCAUAGUCAAAGCCAACAACCGGGAUAUCACAUACACACUCCUGGUCUCCCUCUUACUCUGCUUUCUUUCAUCUUUACUAUUUAUUGGGCAACCGAAGAAAGUUACUUGCUUUCUUCGGCAAUCUGCUUUUGGCAUCAUCUUCUCAGUGGCUAUUUCUUGUGUUUUGGCCAAAACCAUCACUGUAGUUGUAGCUUUCUUGGCUACCAAACCAGGAUCCAGCAUGAGGAAGUGGGUGUGGAAAAGAAUGACCAAUUCCAUUGUCCUUUUCUGUUCCCUUAUUCAAGGAGCCAUUUGUGCAGUGUGGAUAGUCAAAUCUCCCCCUUUUCCAGAUACGGAUAAAGAAUCAAUGACUGGUCAGAUUGUACUAGAAUGUAAUGAAGGGUCUGUUGCUAUGUUUUAUAUUGUCCUGGGUUACAUGGGGCUUCUCUCUCUCAUCAGCUUGAUUGUGGCGUUCCUAGCCAGGAAGUUGCCAGAUAGUUUCAAUGAAGCCAAGUUCAUCACCUUUAGCAUGCUAAUAUUUUGCAGUGUUUGGUUGUCUUUUAUUCCAACCUACUUGAGUACCAAAGGGAAGUAUAUGGUAGCUGUGGAGAUCUUCUCAAUCAUAGCCUCCAGUGGAGGGUUACUGGCUUGUAUCUUUUCACCCAAAUGCUUCAUUAUUCUUUUGAGGCCUGAGCUGAACAGCAGAGAGAAACUAAUAUGGAAGAAAAUACCAAGAAAUUGA